UGGGGCUGGCGCGGCGCGGGGGGGAGGCGGCCGCACGUCUCCGGCCGGCGCGGCGCGGCACGGCACGGCACGGCGCGGCUCGCACUCCGGCUGCGCGCGGCUCGCCCACCGGCCGCUCCCCCGCAGCAGGCUCGGGCUGGCGGCCUGGGGCUCGCAUGGCCCCGUGACUCUCCCCCCCGCGGCGGCGACCCCCUUCGGCUGGCUCGGGCGGCACCAUGCUGGGCUCGGACGCGUGCGAGUUCGGCGGGCAGCUGCUGGAGCUGCUGCGGCUGGCGGUGUGCGCCCGAGAUAUCAUGGCAGACAAGGACGGUGUGACGCCUCCCCUGGAGGAGGAGAUGGAUGACGUGGACUUGGCGUACAGGGCCCCGGAGAAGAAGACCCUCCAGGAGAUCCAGCAGCUGGACAAGGACGAUGAGAGCUUGAACAAAUACAAGCGGGUGCUGCUGGGGCCCAUCCCAGUGGGUGUCGAUCCCAGCAUGGCUAACGUCACCUUGACGAGACUGACUCUGCUGUGUGACCAGGCCCCAGGGCCCAUCACCAUGGACUUAACAGGGGAUCUGGAGGCGCUGAAGAGCCAGUCAUUUGUGCUGAAGGAAGGGGUGGAUUACAGAGUGAAGAUCUCGUUCAAGGUGAACAAGGAGAUUGUCUGUGGCCUGAAAUAUUUGCAUCACACCUACAGGAAAGGCUUGAAAGUGGAUAAAGACGUCUACAUGAUGGGCAGCUAUGGGCCCCGUGCUGAGGAGUACGAGUUCCUGACCCCCGUGGACGAGGCCCCCAAGGGUGUGCUGGUGCGGGGUACCUACCACAUCAAAUCCUUCUUCACUGAUGACGACAGAACGGACCAUCUCUCCUGGGAGUGGCACCUCUGUAUAAAGAAGGACUGGAAGGAUUGAAGCCCUCCCCUCCUCCCCACCCUCCCCCAUCCAGACUCUAACUUUAACAUGAAUUAGGGGCAAAGGAGCCUUACUGCAAACACAACGGCUCUGGGGCCUCUUCCCGGGCCUCGCCAAGUCAGGCAGCCGAACAGGGCACCAUGCCCCCCAGCUCUAGUGCUUUUCUCCCCUCUGCAGCCGCGUCCCCCACCAUAGUACAUUACCCCAAGCAGGCGUCUGUGUCAGUCCCUCCCCUGCCUACUCCCCGCUCUGUGCCUGUCCUUACUAGACUCUGCUGCUGCCCAGUGGGCCCCUCUUGGUGCUGAGCCCAGCUCCCCUCAGCGUGGCACAGGGCUCACUGUGUCCCCAGCUGCGGGUAUUAGGGCCUCCUGCCACUUUCACAAGGUUCUUCCAGACAGCUGCUCCCAAAGAUCAUCCCCCCCUCCCCCUUGCCACGGGGAGGUCUCGUGUCUCAGCGUUAGCCUUGCACUGCUGGCAGGGUGCCUUGCAUCAGCCUUGUGGUGCCCUGGGGGAGCUCCCUGAGUCUGUGCCCUGCUGAGAAGCAGCUGGAGGGUUUACUGGCUUAGCCCAGCCCCCCCCAGUGAUGGCUGUGUAUGUGAAGUCCCCGUCUGUCUGCCUCUUGACAUCCCGGCGGGAGCUCCUGUGCCACCCUCAGCCUGGAGCUCUGUGCUGCCCAUUCUGGCCAUGCCAGCUUGCCUCACUCCACUCAUUGCAAGCUCUCCCCUUGCCACACAACCAGCCCCAGCCUCUAACAAAGCCCAGGGCCCUUUGCAUUUGAUUCACAUGAAGGUGGGCUCACCCUUUGGGGCUUGGACUCCCAGGGCGGGGUCAGCGUUAGUUUUCAUUACUGGGGGGUAUUCUGAAUACUUACUCUGUCCAGCAUUUCCGCCGCUGGCUCUGUAGUGAGUGAAUGGGUUGUAGCUCUGGGUGAGGGUGUCCCGGUUGUGUAAGGGGCUGUGACAGUUCACAACCCUGCGCCUGUUGGCCCCAUGGCCCGCGCUCUGUGCUGGGCCAGCGUGGUCCUGAAGGGUGCCCCGAACGCGGCUGUACUUGCCCUUCCUCACCUGUCCCGCUGAUACCCCUGGCUGUGUUCUUAGUCAUUACCAUUAAACGUAACCGCCCUCUCUUUGACUUA